AACUAAUCCAAGUCAUGCACCUUCAAAUAUUUCUUCAUUACCUAUCAAUUCUGAAAUUAUUUAUGAUGUAGGAGGAGGUAGGAAUGUAGACGAACGAGCUGAGGCUGAAGAAGUUGAAGGUCAUGCAAGAUCUAAAAUCAUUAUCAACAACAAGGAACUCACAGCUGAAGAAGAGUUGAAGUUACUUAAAGCUCAAGUUCGAGAUUUCGCUCGUGUUUGCAAGGCUGUAGCUAGAGGUGAUCUUUCACAAACCGUGACCAUCAACGUCCAAGGACAUGAUUUAACGGAAUUGAAAGCUGUUGUCAACGGAAUGGUUCAACAAUUGAGAUGUUUCGCUGGUGAAGUGACAAGAGUGUCCAUUGAGGUCGGAACUGAAGGCCGAUUAGGUGGACAAGCAAUCGUUGAAGGGGCAGAAGGGGCCUGGAGAGAAUUGACCGAUGUAGUGAAUACAUUGGCAGCCAACCUUUCGGAACAAGUUCGAGCUAUUGCCAUGGUUACUAAAUCUAUCUCACGUGGUGAUCUUAGUCAAAAGAUUCAGGUUGAGGCUAAGGGUGAAGUUCAGGAAUUGGCAAUCACGAUCAAUGAUAUGACUGAUCAGUUGAGGUCAUUUGCUGAAGAAGUCAGUCGGGUCGCUCUCGAUGUUGGAACUAAAGGAAGAUUGGGAGGCCAAGCCGUUGUUCACGGUGUUGAAGGCACAUGGAAAACAUUGAGAGACAAUGUCAAUCAAAUGGCGAGUAACUUGACAAGUCAAGUUCGAUCCAUUGCUACUGUCACCAGUGCGAUUGCUGCUGGUGAUUUGAAUCAUAAAAUCGAAGUUGAAGUGAUGGGAGAAAUGGCCGAACUCAAACAAACUGUCAAUGGUAUGGUGGACAAGCUGAAAGUCUUCACCAUUGAGGUUACUCGUGUAGCCUUGGAGACGGGAGUCCAUGGAAAUCUUGGUGGCCAAGCGGUCGUUGAAGAUGUUCAAGGAGUUUGGUUAGAGUUGACAUCAAAUGUGAAUCGAAUGGCCAAGAACUUGACGGAUCAAGUGCGAGAGAUUGCGAUUGUGACGACUUGUGUUGCCAAGGGUGAUCUUACGCGACUUAUUACGGUUUCUGCCCAAGGUGAAAUUUUGGCUUUGAAAUCGACAGUCAACUUGAUGGUGUCUACUCUUCGUUCGUUUGCUGAGGAAGUCAGUCGUGUGGCUUUAGAGGUCGGAACCGAAGGUAAACUCGGAGGCAAAGCUCAAGUUCAAGAUGUCUUUGGAACUUGGCGUACCUUGACAGACAAUGUGAAUACGAUGGCACAUAAUCUUACCACUCAAGUUCGUGGCAUCGCCAAGGUGACUACAGCUGUGGCUAAAGGAGACUUAAGUCAAAAGAUUGAAGUGGAUGUUAAGGGUGAAGUUCUUGAAUUGAAAUCUACCGUUAAUGGGAUGGUAGAUUCUUUGAGAUUGUUUGCUUCUGAAGUCACGAGAGUUGCAAGAGAAGUCGGGUUUGAUGGAAAGCUGGGUGGUCGAGCCAAUGUAGAAGGUGUGAAUGGAGAAUGGCGCAAUUUGACGGACUGUGUCAACACUAUGGUGGAUAGAUUGACGAGCCAGGUCCGAUCGAUUGCUAUCACCACCACUGCUGUUGCACAAGGUGAUUUGACGAUGAAAGUCGAUAUCGAGGCAGCUGGUGAGAUUGCUCAAUUGAGAGAUACAGUUAACUCAAUGAUAGAUCGCCUGAAUAUCUUCGCACUUGAAGUCGGUAAAGUAUGUUUGGAAGUGGGAAAGAACGGAAACUUGGGUGUUACUGCACAUGUCACCGAUAUCGAUGGAACGUGGCAAGAUUUGACAAAACACGUGAACAGGAUGGCAUUGAAUUUGACAGCCCAAGUGAGAGCUUUUGCACAGAUUUCAUCGGCAGCUACCAAUGGAGACUUUAGCGCCUUCGUGACGGUUGAGGCAUCUGGAGAAAUGAACAGCUUAAAGAAUCAAAUUAACUCUAUGGUGUUUAGUCUGAGAGAUGCUUUACAAAAGAAUACAGCAGCUCGUGAGGCGGCUGAGUUGGCUAAUCGAUCCAAAUCUGAGUUCUUGGCUAAUAUGAGUCACGAAAUUCGAACACCUAUGAACGGGAUCAUUGGGAUGACUCAGAUUACGUUGGCUACUGAGCUGACUAGACAACAGAGAGAGAAUUUGACAAUUGUACAUGCCAUGGCUAACAAUCUAUUGUUAAUAAUCGAUGAUGUGCUUGAUCUUAGCAAGAUUGAAGCUGGUCGUAUGACCAUUGAAAAAGUGCCUUUUGCACUUCGCACUGCGGUAUUUGGAGUCCUCAAGUCUUUGGCUGUGAAAGCGUUGACAAGCAACUUACAACUCGUGUUUGAUAUUGCGCCUGAUGUACCUGACUUUGUGGUCGGUGAUCCGUUCAGAAUGAGACAAGUCAUUACCAAUUUGAUUGGAAACGCCAUCAAGUUUACGUCUGGUGGACACGUAGGAUUGAGUUGUGAAGUGGCAUAUCAGGAUCCGAUUACCGAUGAAUUUAGGCUAGAGUUUUGUGUGUUUGACACUGGAAUUGGUAUCAAGCCUGACAAACUCGAUUUGAUCUUUGAUACGUUCUGUCAAGCGGAUGGAUCGACCACAAGAAAAUACGGUGGAACUGGACUUGGUCUGACAAUAUCGAAACGAUUAGUGAACUUAAUGGGCGGUACACUUUGGGUUGAGAGUGAAUACAAUUAUGGAUCAAAGUUUUUCUUCAGCAUCACAGUCAAACCAGAUGAUGAUCCUAGUUCAGAUGAAUGGGCGAAAAAAUCAGUCGUCUAUCCUCAAGCUAGAAUCAUUAUUGUGGCUAGAGAAUUAGGAGAAGAGAUUGAAAUUGCAAAAGUAGCCAAAGAGAUUGGUUUAUCACUGACUGUUGUGGAAUCUUUGGCUGAAGCUGAUUUAUUGGCUUCACAAGAUCUGGAUUUGAAGUGGAGUGCUAUCAUUGUUGAUUCGUUGGACCAAAUUGCUGAAUUACGUGAGAUUGAAGGGUUGAGGUAUAUCCCAACAGUUUUGAUUUGUCGCAAGCUACCGAGGUUGGAUAUCAAGAUCUGUCUAGACUAUGGUAUUGCAAAUUGUAUCGAAUUUCCAGUUUCACCUGCCAACCUUUUCAAUGCGCUCGUACCUGCUCUCGAACAAACCUUGACAACUGCAGCUUCAAAUUGUUCAACAGUUUACAAAAUCUUAUUAGCAGAAGAUAAUCACGUCAAUCAAAAGGUUGCAACGAAGUUAUUAGACAUGGGAGGACAUAAAGUUGAAGUGGUAGAUAAUGGAGCAAGAGCAGUUGAGGCUGCAACCAAAAACACUUAUGAUCUUGUUUUGAUGGAUGUAUCGAUGCCGACGAUGGGUGGAUUGGAGGCUACUUCUUUGAUUCGGAGACAUGAAGAGGAACAUCAUCUGGAACGAGUACCUAUCAUUGCGCUUACUGCUCAUGCGAUGAUUGGUGAUCGUGAAAGAUGUAUUGAUGCCGGAAUGGAUGAGUAUGUUACCAAACCUUUGAGGAAAGCAGAUCUGGAUGCAUCUAUGAGUCGAUGUGUAGCUAUUGCUAGAGCGAAUCGACAAACAGAUGUAGGAAAUUUUAGAUAUCUGCCUGAUUAUAAAGGAGUAAUUGACUCGAUACUAGUUGAAGAACCUCAAAUCUCAUCAUUCUCAUCUUGAUCAAGAAGAAAAACUUUUUUCCAUUUCUAUUUAUCGAGUUUCUUUUUUUUCGUAAGAAACUUGUUGUAUGUUUGACAUUUCAUAAAAAAAUCUUUCAAGGAGAGGAGAGGAAUCAAAUAGAUUUUGAUAGAAACUAAAAGAAAUCAUGUUUUUUUUUCUUCUUUGUCUAUUGUUUUAGCAUUUGUGUUUUUUGCUUUUGUUUUAUUCAUAUGAUUUUUCAUUUUCUUCAUUUUUUCACCUGAUACAUAAACGUGAUCUGUAGUAGAACUUUUUACUUUUUUUUGACUUCUUUUCUAUCAAUCCAUCAAUUUUGAACUUUUAACUCUUCUAUUCCUAUUCUUCUCCUGUCUUUUCUUUAUUGAUUUCCAUCAUCUAGCAUAUAUAUAUAUAUAUAUAUUGGAUUCUUUUUUAUUUUAUUCAUCUUUUUUUUUCAAUUGUUGUGCUCUUUUCUGUAACUUUUUUUUAUUGUGGUUUGUUGUAUUGGUUUCUUUUUGUAAGUCUCUUUUUGAAGUAAUUUUAUUUGUUUCUCUUAAAUUCUGGCAAUGAAUUCAAUCUUUUUUUCCGAUA